AUGGUCGACAACAACCAGCUGUACGCCAUAGCUGCUGCUGGCAGCGAUGUUUACAUGAUCGGCGCCAAGGGUAAAUCACCUGCAAAGCCAGCUGCAUCCAUUGUCGAUCUCGUCAACGAGCCUGUCUUCUGGCAUGGCUACACGUCUGACGAAGAAGUCGCCUCUCCCGUUGACGAUGAUGACGACGACGACGACGACGAGUUCAGUCUGCACUCCGACGAGAGCAUGGACAGCAUCGCCAGCAGUGCUUCCUUCCCAGAGCAACUAGCAGAGACAUGCGGCAACGUCAAGCAACAAUGCAACCGAGCACAAGCCGUCAAGAUUCAAGCCGCAGGCAAAGCUAGGGUCGUGUCACUGCCCAAGCCUAUUGACAUUCCUGCGAGGCGAAGCAUCAUGAGGCCGGCGAGUCCUGGGUCCCCAUCGAAACGCGCAUCGAUCCAACUCCAAUCCAGCACCCGCAACAGUGAAGACAGCCAAACCACUUGCAACGAUUCGAUCAGCUCUUCCAGUGUCAACUCACCUGCUUCAACUGCGCCAAGCUCGGUUGACGAGCCACUGGAACAACGCCCACCGAUCAAGCAUCAACAAAGCUUCUCGCGACAUGUCCCCUUGAUGGAGGCUGCCAGAGCUUUUUCGCCCAACUCGCCUACAUCAGGACCAAAUUCGCCACUGUUCCCUCAAUCAGCUGGCCUACCCAAGCGCCACAGCACAGCAUUGAGCGAUCGAUCCGAGGUCGCUUCCAUCACUACCAGAUCAUCCGUUCGCCGCAUGACCAAGCUCUCCUCAAACUUCAGCCUGAAUAAGAUUGGCAAGAAUCUCGUGGGGAGGGACUCGACCUAUGGCGGGUACAUCGCCCCAGCGCAACAACAUCGAGUUGCCGCGAGAUCGACAAGCUUGAAGCCAAAGAUGGUCGCCAGAGCUGCCAACGAGCGCGCACCACCGAUUACCUUGCCACCAUUCCCCGACGACGCUGAAGAGCCAUCAAACGACUGGCCAUUGAGGAAAGAUUCUGGCUUGAAAUCGUCACAACCGAGAAGUCUUUCGACAAAACUGACCCACGUCGCUCAGGUGUCGUAG